GAAAUGUUUCAUCCGGAGACAGCCUGAUUCUAGAAUACUGAGGUGUUCUAAAAACCAUCGCAUCAUAUUUAGAUCAUCUGCACUUAGUUGGUUAAAUCGUUGCAUGAAAGUUGUUCUAAACGCACAGAAUGUCCCUGGCUGCUUAUUGUGUCAUCUGCUGUAGAAGAAUGGGAACCUCGACUCCUCCGCCAAAAAGCAGCACAUACUGGAGAGAUGUCAGAAAUAUAAUAAAGCUUACUGGAUCACUUAUUUUAGGAGGCUCUUUAUUUAUUACAUAUGAAGUUCUGGCCUUGAAGAAGUCUUUGACAUUAGAUACUCAAGUGGUAGAAAGAGAAAAAAUGAAGUCAUAUAUAUAUGUGCACACAGUUUCUUUAGAUAAAACAGAAAAUCAUGGAAUCACCUACCAGGCAAGAAAAGAGCUUCACAAAGCAGUAAGAAAAGUAUUGGCAACAUCAGCCAGGAUAUUUCGGGGUCCAUUUGCUGACACUUUUAGUACAGUCGAUAUAGAAGAUCACGACUGCGCCGUGUGGCUGCUGCUGAGGAAGAGCCGGUCGGAUGACAGAGCAGCCCGACUGCAGGCCGUCCAGGAGAUGUCGGAGGCCCGUCACUGGCACGAUUACCAGUACAGGAUAAUUGCUCAAGCCUGUGAUAUGAGAACUCUUACUGGUUUGGCACGAAGCGAAGAGAGUGAUCUUCGGUUUUUUCUCUGCCCUCCUCCUCUGCCAUCUUUAAAAGAAGAUUCUUCCACUGAAGAAGAGCUCAGACACUUGCUGGCUUCUUUACCUCAAACAGACCUGGACGAGUGUAUCCAGUGUUUUACAGCUUUGGCUCUGAGUGAGAGCAGUCAAAGUCUAGCUGCUCAGAAGGGUGGUUUAUGGUGUUUCGGAGGAAACGGACUUCCUUAUGCGGAAAGUUUUGGAGAAGUUCCUUCAGCUACAGUGGAAAUGUUCUGUUUGGAAGCUUUAGUAAAGCAUUCUGAGAUACCCACACAUUGUGAUAAAAUUGAAGCAAAUGGAGGCUUGCAACUACUGCAGAGGCUGUACCAACUUCACAAGGACUGUCCUAAAGUACAGAGAAAUAUAAUGCGUAUCCUUGGAAAUAUGGCUUUGAAUGAACAUCUUCAUUCUCCUAUAGUUCGCUCAGGCUGGGUUUCCAUACUGGCAGAAGCCGUCAAGUCUCAGCACGUCAUGGAGGCCUCCCAUGCCGCCAGAACGCUGGCUAACCUAGACCGAGAGACUGUGCCAGACAAGUACCAGGACGGUGUGUACCUGCUGCACCCGCUGUACCGCACCAGUCAGCCCAUUAAAGCAGAUGUCCUUUUUAUUCAUGGCCUUAUGGGAGCAGCAUUCAAAACAUGGCGCCAGCAGGACAAUGAUCAGGAUUUAACUGAAAAGGUCUCAGAAGAUGAAACCAAGUAUACAACAUGUUGGCCCAAGUCGUGGUUAGCAAGAGACUGUCCUGCUCUCCGAAUAAUAUCUGUGGAGUAUGACACCAGCCUCAGUGACUGGAGAGCCAGGUGCCCUACAGAAAGAAAGUCCAUCGCAUUCCGGAGCAACGAACUUCUGAGGAAGCUCAGAGCUGCUGGUGUUGGGGACAGGCCAGUGAUAUGGGUGUCACACAGCAUGGGAGGUCUUCUUGUCAAAAAGAUGCUGUUGGAAGCCUCAAAGAAGCCAGAAAUGAGUACUAUUAUAAACAAUACCAGAGGAAUAAUUUUUUAUAGUGUCCCUCAUCAUGGAUCCCAUCUGGCUGAAUACUCUGUUAAUAUUCGCUAUCUUCUCUUUCCCUCUUUGGAAGUCAAAGAACUCAGCAAAGAUUCUCCCGCCCUUAAAACACUACAGGAUGACUUUCUGGAGUUUGCAAAAGACAAAAACUUCCAGAUGCUGAGUUUUGUGGAAACACUACCGACCUACAUUGGUAGCAUGAUUAAACUCCACGUGGUGCCCCUGGAAUCGGCAGAUUUAGGCCUUGGAGAUCUAAUUCCUGUGGACGUUAACCAUCUGAACAUUUGUAAGCCAAAGACAAAGGAUGCUUUUUUGUACCAACGUACCUUACAAUUCAUCCGUGACGCUUUAGCGAAAGACCUGGAAAACUGACAGCCGUCUUCUUCCCUUUUCAUACGUGAACACAGUGUAAGAAACAUGCUGUUCUUUUUUUUAAGCUCUACGCAAUCAUGCAGACAUAGUCAUUGUGGCAUCCAGGUGGCUUGGAGUACGUCGCAGGCAACAGACUACUGUUCUGUAAAACACAAAGAUACAAGUGGCAAUCAAGAUUGGAGGGAGGGCUAGACUGGACUGUUUUGAGUUAAAAAAAAAAAAAAACAACUUCCUGUGUGCCAGUUUAUUUU